AUGUAUAGUGGUUUUCUAAGUAAAAAACUUGAAUACGAGUACAAUUCUGUUGUCAAUAGGAUGAUGAUUUUGAUUAUUGAUCAAUUAUCAUUAUAACUAUAAUUGAGUAAACAUAGUUGUAUUUCAUAGAUUAGAUUGCUAACAAAACAUUCUUUGAAAAACAAUUUUAUAAGCUUUACAAUCAAAUUAAAGAACUUGAAGGCCAAAAAGCAUAACCUCCUAAAUUUAGUAAUUUGUUAUAGCCUUUACAAUUUGUUAUUUAAAAUAAUGGAAAUCAAAACAUGACAUCUAACAAUUAAAAUUAAAAUUGCUAAAAAGCAUAUGUUCCUCCAAUUUUAGAAUAAGAUGCAGGCUUUUCUACAUAAUAUACAAAAACUUAAACCCUCUCAACCAGAGCAAAAUCAUAAUUAGUUUAAUCCAGGCAAUAGCAAACAUUUUCGCCAAACAAAGUAAGUAGAAUUUGCAGAUAUUCGGAUAGAAAAAAACCAAAAGUUUAAUUAAUGAAUGUUGGUGAAUUCUAUGCCGAUUUUUAGAAUGAAUCAUAAAUAUUAGGAAAAAAAUAAUAAAACUUUGGAUAAAGGUUCCAUACUUUGGAUUAAAAUUCAAUUGUGAAAACACCUCUGAAUUUGGAAGCCCAGUAAAACAGAGAUAUAUUAAAAUCCUGA